AUUCAUUAUUAGUACAUAAUUUUUUUGUCAGUGUGACAUUUUUUAAAUAUUAUUUUGUUAUAUGGAACACAGAUUCGAGUACCCUCAAAAAUCUAAAUAUUGCAACAAAGUACUCAUAGGCCCUUGGGUUCAGGAUCGAGACAAUGCCAUUUUGCUACCACCACAAACUUACAAACAUUCAACAACUUAUACAGAACAUUUCGCUCCAAAACAAAGCACAAAAAUUAGCGCAAAUACCGUUUGGGAUAAAAUUUUAAAAGCAGAGGAGACUUGUAUUCUUUGUGAAUCUAGUAAAAGCGAGCAACCCAGUUAUUUCGAAAAUUUUACAACUAUGUACGACUUGACUUACAACUAUUUUCCCAAGUGUUUUAACAGUCAUAUACCUCGAAAAUGGCAUCUAAUGCGAGGUAUGCACAGCCCUUCAGAUGAAUAUCUGCCAACCUUUGGUAACUUGUCAAAACGUGGAAUUCUGGAAUACAAAAAACAACAGUGGAAAUGCGACUUUGGGUGUAAUAAGCGCGAGUGUACCAGUUACACAGAACAGUUUCGACCUCCAAAACCUGAAGAUUACCCUGCAAGAGUUCCCCUUCCUCUCUGGAAUUCGGCUAAACUAGAUGAGAUCAAUGAAUGUCAGAUUAAACUACAACUUAAACAACAUGGUGUCAGAUUUUGUGAAAAAUAUGAGGAUCCCUCGGAAAGAAGGAAAAAGUAUUGUGAUCCAAUCAUCUGGAAGUGUUCACCAGACAUGGCCAUAGAAGAUAAGAGAAGGUGUAUUGAUACAGUACUACACAAUGGAAAUGACCAAUCUGCCCUUCAAGCGUAAAAUUGCGAACUCAAUUUUAAAUAAAAUCUGUAUUCUAUAUA